GUCCCCCUCUGCUCGUUGCACACACAGCAGCACCACUUAAUCGACUACUUGUGCCCCUCGUGUUUAUUCUAGUUAAUUUUUUAUGUUGUUUAGCCAUUAACAAUUCAUGUCGUGGCCUGUCAUUGGUAGUAAAGCGUUCAUUUGUUUUGUUUACCUCGUCAAGGUGGGAUGAAGUGAGCAGCAGCAGCAGCAGCGAUGUUGGCAAACCCCUCUUUUCACACACAGCUCUCCUCCAUCAUGGAGAUGUUGGCCAAGUCCGCGCUGAGCGAAGUGUGCAAACUGGUGGAGGAGGACUCGGCCGAGCUGCGGGCUGAGUUAUCCCGGCUCAUGGUGGCCAACGCGGCCCUGACAGAAAAACUGAGCAGUCUGCAGUGCGAGUUGAGUGUCAGAGUCGACGCCCCCACACUGUCUAAAAGUUGUCGCUCCGUGGGUGUGCAAACCGGAGGCUCAGGGGACGAGGCUGGCCACGUGAUGGGGCCGCCGACCAUUGAAGGGGUCUUUGGUAAGGACUGGUGUAUGGAUAUGUGGAAAGACAGAAGCCCAUGUAGUCUGGAGAGUGAGAGGCAGUCCGCACAGUGCUCUGAUAAGUCAUUGGGGACAUUUUCUGAUCAAAUAACUGUAACUGAAAUUAAAGAGGAGGAUUGUGAAGAGGAAGUUGCAAACAGCUGCACACAGGAAACACUCAGACUGAAUACAGAAGAGCACAAAGAAUGCCUUGCUCUUGACACCGAGGGACUGUCCAUUGAGUACUCUAUUGACGACAGCAGCUGCAGUGUGUCUUGCUGCUCGGAGGAGGACCAGGUUGGGUCUGCAGGUACACUUGGAGAACCUUCCCUGCAGCUUAUAACCAUCAGGGACGCUGACGAAUUGUUAAGCACACAUGUCAUUGCAGUUGACGAAGAUGAAGAUGAGGAUGAUGACGUACAAUUCAUUCAAGAAAGUCAAAAAGACACUGCCAUGACCGCUGCAGGUGAACCCAGCCAAAACGAACAGCAAACAUUACCGGCAGACUCUGAACACAACACUGUCCCAGCUAGAGAUGAACAUGGCAGCUUUAAUGUAUUUAAUUUACAAAGUAACAGCAAUACAAACAAAGACCAGUUCACUUGUGAAAUAUGUAGCAGGAUGUUUCUUGACAAGGCCAGUGUAACACACCACAUGAAAACACACAAACCAAACCUCAGCCAAAUUUCAAAGCAGCAUCUCCCUUACAAGAACAAAAGCAAAACUCACAUGUGCGUGCCUCUCGCCCCUUCCCAGAGAAGCAAUAACUUAUGCAAGUUGUGCGGGAAGACCUUUGCAAAUCCGUCAGCUCUGAGGGUACACAGUGUUGUCCACACGGGGGAGAAACCCCACAGGUGUAUGUUAUGUGGGAAAGGUUUUACCCAGAAGGGCAAUCUGAAAUGUCACCUCCGCAUCCACACUGGCGAGAGGCCGUUCCACUGCAUGAAAUGUGGAAGGACCUUUACACAAAAGGUGAACCUCAAUCACCAUUUAUUGUCUCACAGGAAUAGGGAGGUCAUCCAGAAGUAAGACACCUUAAAAAUGGAUGUCUGUGAUCCACACAUGGUGCAAGAUCAAUAACAAUGCUUAACUGAACAUGUCUAUGUCUUCAAGUAUUAGCAUACAGGCAGUGACCAUGUCAUAUUUCUAUUGAUUUUUUUUUUUUUUUUUUUAAGUGCUUACAGUUUUCCGUGCCACCAGUCUUGCCAUUGUGUGGUGCAGAACAACCUUUUUUAUGUCUGUUUUAGUAUUUUCCAGUUAGAAAAUUCAGAAUGACAGUAUUUCCACAAUAAAUGACAGAUACUUUACCAAAAGUGUAAAUUCCAGUUGGCAUGGACUUGCAAAAUUCUGCGGUAAUUCACUACUUUAUUUUAUCAGUGCAGUAUUUUCAUAUUAAAAUGGGAUCAAAUGCAUUACACCAAGUAAGUGCGAGGGCUUUGGGACAAAGAUCUGGGUAAGAAGACAAAAAUAGCAGGGAUGAUUCACUCAGUUGUGUCAGUGAGGUCUGUUCAGGUGAUUGAUGUUAUCACAGAUCGGAUAAGUAGUGCAGAUAAUUGCUCUGUCUGGGUAUGAUGACAGUUCUCACAAAGGAGACGCAUGGUCUCUUAAAUAAAAAAUUGUUACCAUUUAAAAAAAAAAAAAAAAAAAAGGACUGCACACAUUUCAAACAGACAGA